CAACAAGCAUGUGCAAAUCCUUGAACAUUUCUGACAGCAAUUUGAAAAGCUGCAUAUUCGAUGUCGCCAUGACCAAUGACACGACAUUCACUGAUCAGGAAACCUUCAAGCAAGACUGUCCAGACCAAUGCUCAGGCAAGGGGAGAUGUGUCAAUGGAACAUGUAAAUGCAUCGAAGGCUGGACGGGGAAGAGUUGUGAAAAAGGCUCUUGUUUGAACUGUUCAACAAUCCAUGGAGAGUGCGUUAAGGGAUUUUGUGUCUGUAACCUGGGCUGGGAAGGACGAAGCUGUGAACAAGAAGCCACUUGCUUAGGAGUUAACAACUGUACAAGCCCUGCACACGGCAAUUGUAAAACGACAGACGUUUGCCAGUGUAAUUCUGGUUACAUAGGUGCUGACUGCAGUAUUGUUCCAACUUGCUACAACGUAUCAGAUUGUACUGGAAAUGGAAUCUGUGUGGAUUUCGAUGUUUGCAAAUGCAACAUAGGAUGGACUGGAAACAAUUGUACUCAAUACUCUUGCGAACAAUUGGAUUACUGCUCUGAACACGGUAGCUGCAAGACAUUUGACAAAUGCACCUGCGAUUAUGGCUGGACCGGAGUAAGCUGCGCCCUUCCUGACUGUGAAGCUGUCAAUCAAUGUUCCAAAAAGGGAGAGUGCAUCUCUAGCGACAAGUGUCGCUGUUUUCCAGGAUUUGUCGGAGCGAAUUGCAGUCAGUUGGCGGACUGCAGUCAUCUUGCAAACUGCAGCGGCCAAGGCGUUUGCGUUUCCACGGAGUUGCUGAAUGUGUCGUGCAGUUGCUACCUUGGAUUCACUGGCGAUAACUGCAGUCAGCCUACUUGCACAACCAUGAACAACUGUUCUUCCCAUGGCGCAUGCGUGGAAGCUGAGCUUUGCAAAUGUGACCCGGGAUACAAUGGAACUGACUGCAGUAACUUUUCUUGUGAGGCUGUCAACUAUUGCUCAGGCCAUGGAAAAUGUAUUGGCUAUGACCUCUGCCUCUGCAAUACCUCCUGGUCGGGUCGAGCAUGCAGCGUUCCUGAUUGCAGUGCUGUGAAAAAUUGCUCUGGCCAAGGAGACUGUAUCUUUCCUGGCACUUGUUAUUGUUAUCCAGCGUUUGAUGGAGAAUACUGUGACCUUGAGGCAAAAACAAACAUCAAUCCGCCAGAAUUUAACCAAACAUUUUAUAGUGCUUCCAUUCUGGAAAAUUCUCCUGUAGGAACGAUGAUUUUACAAGUAAAAGCCAAUGAUACAGACUUAGGAAGAAACGGUCAAAUAUUUUACGCCAUACGUGGUGAUGAUAAAGUAGAAAGUAUACUCACUGUUGAUGGACAAUCUGGAAACAUUUACAGCGCACAGACACUAGACUUUGAGACAAAUGCGGUAAAAUCUUUCAACGUGACCGUGGUUGCAUCAGAUAACGGAUUUCCACAGAAAUCUGGAAUCGCCAUGGUACAGAUAACACUACUGGAUGCAAAUGACAAUUGUCCAACUAUCGUCGAGCCAUCAGGAGAUCUAAAACUAGAAUACGCUACUCUUACUCCCGGAGAAACCGUGACCAAAGUUUCUGCCGUUGACUUGGACAGUGGAGUAAACAGCGACAUAACUUACAGCCUAUCCAAAAAUGACGUGUUCUCUAUUCAUCCUAAAACUGGCGUGGUUACCGUGGUGUCCGGCUUGACGAAGAAAAUUUAUGAUCUCACAGUUAGUGCCAGUGACAAUGGGGACGUUUCUUGCAUAACAGACAUCAGUUUGACAAUUGAAAUCGAGAACAUUCCCACAACAACGCCCUCGUCCAUAUUUACCGAUCCCUCCACGAACAGGAGACCUGAAUCCUCACCUACCAAUAGAGCCUCUAAGUUCCCUUCCCAUAGUGCGUCUACGUUCCCUACACAUAGUGUGUCUCAGUUGCCUGACACUACAGCAUCGACAAGAGUGACUUCUUCACAUUUACCAACGGAGGCAGGUGCAGUUCCUCAGAAAGGUCCCAAUUAUGUUAUUAUUGGUGGAUCUGCUGCUGGAGGAGUACUGCUGCUAUUGCUCGCAGCACUGGUGAUCAGAAAAUGUCUUUGCAAAGCCAGGACAUCUUCAGAAAAACAACCGAGAGGGAAACUGAAUGCUGGUGUUGAUAUUGAGCUGUCCACAGUAGCUAAGAGUAUUUGAGAACAUAUUGUAUCUGAUAACAGGUUGAAAAAGAAAGUUUUCCAAGAAAGAAAUAUCCUGAGAUGCCUGUGAUCGCAUAAUUUAGCCAAAAAUUCGGUGGUAGAGAGGAGCUUCUACAACUCAACAAAGGAGUUGAUAGCAGUAUGUUCUUAGAAUUAUCAUUGCAAUGCCAGUGCCAGAAUUAGAUUACUCUUAUGUUAAGACUUCUAUAGUGGAAGCAGCAGUGGCAGUAACGGUGGCAGUAACGGUAGCAGUUGUAGCAGCAAUGGCAGAAGCAGAAAGCCAUAGUAGUAGGGUUAACAGUGGCAGUUGUCCAACAUAAACAUAAACAUACAUGUAUCAGUCACGGAUAAUAACUGGUUUCAAAUCUCUAGUUGCCAAUAUAAGUAAAAAGGGAGAGGGCCAUGAAACAAUAUGCAAAGGAAAGAAAAGGGUGUUUUCCUAAUAAAAAAAUGAUAAUUUCAAUUACAGUGAUUAAGCAUAAAUGUAUUUUUGUAGAUGCAUGAUUUACUUGUGAUAUAGGUUUGAAAAAAAGAAUAAUUGGUUGCCAAUUUUGUAAUGUAAUGUAAAAGGUCACAGUUAUGUGUAUACCCAGUUAUAAGAAAAUUGUCAUGGGGAGUAGAUGAAAGUAAUUUUCCAGAACAUCCCUCCUCAUCAGAACCCCUCAUUACUGAUGUGACCUGAUUUCUAAAAUAAAAAAGGAGAGAAAAGAUGAGAAAAAAUAAAAAGGUAGCUAGCGUUAGGCGAAUUCAUAGGAAAGAAUAAACCGCUCUGAGAACCGAGCCGUGACAUUGAAAA